UGCGAUCUCCGUUUUUUUCUUUCUACACUCCUUACACUCCUUACAUUCCUUACACUCGUUUACACUCGUUUACACUUGUUACACUUGUUACACUUGUUCAUUGCUAACAUGCGCUGGAUCUCUCUUUGCGCCGUCCUUGGUGCGGUGUUGCUGCCGGCCGUGAGCGCCCGUCCUUUGUGUCGUCCCGACGUUACCACUACACCCGUAGCUUCGUCCACCCCCUCAGCGACCCCAGUGCCUACUCCCGAGAACCUCAUCCUCAACGGGGAUUUUGAAGAGGAAGAUCUCUCGGUUUGGUCUUUGAGAACCGUGACGGUUGAGAAAGACGCCGCCAAAGCUCAUUCGCCAGACCACUAUGUUCGUUAUUUUGUCCAGAAUGAGUAUGCAGUCGGCGGUAACAACCUCAACCAAACCAUCAAUGGUCUCGACACAACUCGGCUCUACCGCCUAUCUUUCUCAGCGGCCGUGUUUGGUUCUCCUUCACUGGGCGCUGCGUCCUGUUCAUUGGAUGCUCUCCAGGGAGACACCGUAUUCAAGUCGUGGAACAUUGAUACCUAUUUGCGGAACCGGUAUAAAUCAUACGACACCGAAUUCCUCGUCAAUAGCGAGGAUAUCACGUUUACUUUGAGACUCCGCUGCUCUGUUGGGGUGAAAGUCACGAUUGAUAUUGGCGUGGAUGAUAUUGUCAUGACAGAUAUCGGGCCAGCACGUAUCUAAUGCGUAGCAGACAUAACGUCCAUCAGUCUUCUCUACCUAUAACCCUUACUAUUCCAGAGUAGACUGUGUUUUAUUAUUAAUGUCACUCGUUCUUGCGUGCAA